UCUUUAUCUAACCAACUGACUUUUCCUAACAUGUUCCAAUAAAAUCAUAAUUAUUCUCAUUCUCCUGAUCGAUAAUAUUUGGAAACUUCAAAUUCAAUAGUUGAUUAUACUGUAAAGAAAUGGAGGGGUGGUGAUGAUUAGCUUUGUUUGUUUGCUUUAGGUACAUAUUAGUUCGGAUUUCGUUGUCAAGAACAGGAGUCGUGAUUACUUUAGCUUUGGAGUAAAUCAUGACCCACACCCACACGAGAUAUGAAUCAUUCGAAGGUUGGAAUUCGAUCCUCCACCGAUCAUUUCUCUGAUUAAUUUUCAAGAAUCUGUCGUCUUCAUCUUGUCUCCUCACUCUGAUCACAGCGAUUGAUCACAGUCGCUGAAGAAAUCCCUAAUUCCCCUUCAAACCCUAAUUCCAUGUUUUCCAGAAAUUAGAUCAAUUUCAAAUUUUCAAUCAAGAUGCACUCAAAUUCCCCGCCUCAAAUCCCAAUUCCAGCCUCCGAUCCCACCUCAUCUUCCCCAUUUGAUUGGUCUGAUUUCCUCGAUUUCAACCUCGACGAAGUGUGGGACGCUUCCCUCCCGCAGGCCGAUCCUGGACACGACCCGAUUCAACCGCCAGAGAUUCCGGGUCGUGUCAGGAAAAGGGAUCCCCGAUUGGUCUGCUCCAAUUUCCUCGCGGGUCGGGUCCCGUGCGCCUGCCCUGAAUUGGAUGAGAAAUUGGAGGCGGAGGAGAAGGAAUCCGUGCUUCCGGGGAAGAAGCGGGCCCGGACGGUGAGGAUUCUCCGGUGCCAGGUGCCAGGCUGUGAGGCAGACAUUGCUGAGCUGAAAGGGUACCAUAAGCGGCACAGAGUGUGCUUGCAGUGCGCUAACGCAAGCGCCGUCGUGCUUGACGGGGAAACCAGGCGGUACUGCCAACAGUGUGGAAAGUUUCAUUUGCUAUCUGAUUUUGACGAAGGUAAGCGUAGUUGCCGAAGGAAAUUGGAAUGGCAUAAUAGACGAAGACGGAGGAAAUCUAACGACUCUAAGGCAGGUACAGAUAACAAAGCUCCACAGAUUAUCUUGACAGAUGAUGUUAGCGGAGAUGAUGAUGCCGGAAAAGAUGGCAUACUUGAAAACCAUCGGCCGGACGAAAGAGAAAUAUUAUUGGGAUCGGAAGCACAUGUAUCUUCUGAAACCAUGCCCAGCGACAGUUUUGGAUCAUUUGCUGCUUCAGGUGAAAUACCUAUGGAUGUGCAGAAACAGAUUCCGAAAUGUAGUCCUUCCCCGGCUUGCUGUGAUGCCAACAAGAACACUUAUUCUUCUCUGUGCCCCACCGGUCGGAUCUCCUUCAAGCUUUACGACUGGAAUCCAGCUGAGUUCCCUCGACGGCUUCGACUCCAAAUAUUCCAGUGGUUGGCCAGCAUGCCGAUCGAAUUGGAGGGGUAUAUUCGUCCCGGUUGUACGAUUUUAACAGCUUUCAUUUCAAUGCCAAAGCCGAUGUGGCUUAAGUUAUUGAAAGAGCCGACUCUGUGUAUAAAAGAGCUCGUCGCCUCACCCGGGAACAUAUUGUCCGGACGAGGCACAAUGCUUGUGUAUCUAAACGACAUGAUUUUUCGGGUCACGAAAGAUGCGAAAUCCGUAUCGAAAGUUACGGUGAGGGAUCGAGCUCCUAGGCUUCAUUAUAUAUAUCCGACGAGCUUUGAGGCCGGUAGGAAUAUGGAAUUCGUAGCCUGCGGAAGUCAUCUAAUCCAACCUAAGUUUCGGUUUCUUGUUUCAUUUUCCGGACAGUAUUUAGCGUACGAUGUUAGUAUAUCGUCGUCGCUGCGCUGUAAUAAAAGCGACGGAUCAUGUCCCGACCAUCAGCUACUGAAGAUUACUGUCCCUCUCGCUGAUGCGAACCGUUAUGGCCCUGCGAUUAUUGAGGUCGAGAACCAAUCCGGCCUGUCCAACUCAAUCCCGAUUCUCAUCGGCGACAAAGAAAUUUGCACGGAAAUGGAGAUGUUGCAGUGGAAAUUCGACGCCCCGUUGCCUCGUCCAGGUCGAUCAUGUGAAAUCUUGUCGUCGAGACAGGCUCGAUUCUCCGACUUUGUAUUCGACUUAGCGUGGUUGUUGAAGAAACCUGCGUCGAUCCAACAGUUGUCGCCGUCGCACAUCCUAAGACUCAACCUUUUAUUAACCUUUCUUAUGGAUAAAGAUUCUUACAUCAUUUUGGAUAGAGUGGUUGGCGCCGCAAAAUGUGCGGCGGAUUACGAUUCGGUUGAUGCUGUAGGAAUGCGAUCGUUGAGGAUGAAUGUGGCGAUAGCGCAGAUUAUACUCGAUCAAAAAUAUCGGCGAAAGGAUUCCAUGGCUAUAUUCGAAGGAACGAAGAACAUUUCGUCGGGUGUCGGCAAAUUUGUGUCGUCUCCCGAUACCAACGACGCGGCUCCGUUCCUGACGAACGAUGUUGUAAUGAAUAUGAAUUUGGAGACGACGAUGAGGAGGCCGAGGAAAUCGUGCGGUAAUGUGUUGACGAGGACAUUCUCGACUUCUCGGCCGGCUGUCGUGGCGGUGGUCGCCGCCGUCGGCAUCUGCUGUGCGGUGUGUGCGGCGGUUCUCCACCGUGAGGGGGUUGGUCGGAUUGCUACAACCAUUCGGAGAUGUCUGUUUGACGGCAGGAGAUUUUAGAGUUAACGGUCGUCAGAUCCCUGGCUUAUUGCCCGAAGGGAAUUCUGAAAUUCUUGUUUGGCUGAAUUUUUUUGAACUCGUAAUUUGAGAGCUAAUUUUGUUCUUAGUUUUAUUUUAUUUUUUGUAUUUACAAUAAAUGAAAUUGUAUGAUGAAAUUUAAACGUUGUGAUUGAUUUUCUUUUGUAAAAUUAUUUUUAAUGAUGAUUGAAUUACGAUGA